AUGGUUGAUAUUGCAGACGGCAGCGAAGAAACGACGAUCCUUGGAUCGAAGGAGCGAUGGGCCAGGCUCGGCAGCAGCCUCUCCAUCACUUGCCACAUCAGCGUGAGGACGGGCACCUCCAGGGGAAGGCAGAGGCCUCCGAGGCUGGUCGAGUGGCUCCACAAUGAUGUCCCUGUAUUGCUUUGGGGCUCCACUAAACCAUCGAAUUCCUCUCGUAUCCAAUCCUUACAAUCCAAAAUCCUUCGUAAAAUCCUCAACGCUCCUUACUUUGUCACAAAUAAAAUCAUCCAUAAAGACCUUAAUGUUCCAUAUGUUUCCGAUUUAGCUCAAUCCAGAUACCUAUCCUUCCAUAACAAACUGCAGAACCAUCCGAAUUCCCCUCGGGCCCUUCUAAUAUAG